UUGACUUCUGCUUUCCUCUGGAAGAGGAGCUCAAUGAACUUGGAUCUGGCAAGGCUGCUCAGGCACUUGGAGAAGGGAAGAGGCACGAGGACUUAGACACAAACAGCUUCUGAGGGAGAAGACUGAGGGGGGAGCCUGCCCUGGCACUGUGGAGGAUCUGGGAGAGCUCCAGCCCUGCUGGAGCUCAUCGCCCCGGGCAGCCCCAUGGACUCUCCCCACCUCCUGCACAUGGGGUUCCUGCUCCUGGCUCUUGCUGCUCCCCAUCCAAGUAUUGCCAUGUCCAUUGCUGGCCCAGCUAGGUGGACACGAGGCAGCGCAGCUAUGGAAAUCUACCGCUGUAAGGACUGUGAAAGCUGCAAAUGCAAGGAUGGGAUAAUUGAUUUUAACAACUUUAUAAGAAUCGCUGAAAUACAGCACAAGAAAAACACUAUUCCAGGUGUAACAGUUGAGUUGAUGGCCAAUGAAUCGCACAUCACUGUUUGCUUUGAGCAAGCAAAUUUCUGUCCUGAAGAAAUUUAUGGCAUCUCGGAUCAAAAUGAGCCACCAAUACUCUCGUGUGGCAUCCUGAAUUCUGGAGAAAACGGAGGAGGCAACAUCAAUACUGAGGACAAGACUGUUUGCUGUGAAGCAGAGGCAGAUGUCUGGCGACACAACCCUGACCUGAAGUGCUACAUUAAGAAGUCCCAUCCAAAACACAAGUCCCAUCCAAAACACAGGUCCCAUCCAAAACAUGAUGCACUGCCAGUUGCAGUUCCUGGUAUUGCCGUGUCUACUGCUGGCCCAGCUAGGUGGACACGAGGCAGCGCAGCUAUGGAAAUCUACCGCUGUAAGGACUGUGAAAGCUGCAAAUGCAAGGAUGGGAUAAUUGAUUUUAACAACUUUAUAAGAAUCGCUGAAAUACAGCACAAGAAAAACACUAUUCCAGGUGUAACAGUUGAGUUGAUGGCCAAGGAAUCACACAUCACUGUUUGCUUUGAGCAAGCAAAUUUCUGUCCUGAAGAAAUUUAUGGCAUCUCGGAUGAAACUGAGCCACCAAAACACUGGUGUGGCAUCCUGAAUUCUGGAGAAAACGGAGGAGGUAACAUCAGUACUGAGUACAAGACUGUUUGCUGUGAAGCAGAGGCAGAUGUCUGGCGACACAACCCUGACCUGAAGUGCUACAUUCAGGAGUCACAUCCAAAACACGCUGCACUGGCAGGUGCCAUUCCUGGUAAUCCUGAAUUUCUCACCAGCAAAAAGAGCAGCCUUGGCAUCUUGCUGUCAUUCCUGUUUGUUGGGGUUUGCACAGGAUGGGGCACCAUGUAUUACGUCUUGCGGCUGCGGCGUCGCCAAGCUUCUAGGCAAGACAGAGAGGCUUCUGACAGAGAAAGGCUCACAGAUAACCAUCUACAACGGAGAGAACUUCUCUGCCAGCAGCAUCCUCCUCUCUCAUGAUGUACAGCAACCAGCUAAACACAGACUCAUUUUCCAUGGGAACUGCUGCCCUUGUAAUCCCAAAUCGUCCUGUUUUCACAAAGGUAGCUUCACCACAUCCACACCUUCUCCAAGCACUGUGACUCUUGUCCAGCUCCAGGCCUUUUGAGCAGCACAGGCAGCACCAGGAGCCCCCAUCCUCCUCUCCUUGGCUUGGCUGCAGACAGCAGCACCCCAGGGUGUGUGGCUGACUCAGCAGCACUGAAACCAGCUGAAUUCUCCCUGGGACAAAGUGGGAACAGCUCUGAAAUACUUCCCAUGCCCUCUGCAUGGCUGUCACUUGGUAAUGCCACAGCAGCACCCAGGUGUCUGUAUUGUUUGAAUUCUCAGGUCAUCUCUGCAUUCACCAAAGCCUUUUGCACCACAAGCUGGCUGGUAGGUUGAACUGGAAGAGUUUGGAAGAGAUAUUUGAUGUUGCCCCCACCUGCAGGCUGAGGAACGACUGAGUGUUCCUGUGCAGGGCUGGGUGGGAGGCUGUGUCCAGCUCCCUCAGGAAUGGCAUGGGGUCACAGAGGUCCCCAGGCUGAGCAGAACUCUGGAAUCAAUCUUCCUGACAAAUUAGGCAAGUUUAGACAGCAUGAGAUGAGUACAGCUCCUCAGGAAUUCAGCUCCUCAGGAAUCACUCUGGGUAUUUGGUAUCUUUAAAUCAUUCCCCAUUCCCACCUGAUUUGAAUAAAUCCUCAGCUUUUGCAUAGGAUCUAAUUUACUAUCAGGGCUGUUGAGCAAAAAUCAGUGGCAGCACAAAGGGAGAAGCAGAUCCCUAAAACAAUGUGAACGUUUGCUGAAUCACUGUCCUUUUGCCACACACACAGUUCUUGGUUCAUUUCUGCUUUGACUGGAUUUUGUUUGUUCCUUGUUUUUUCCUCAAUGUGUCUCAACCAUCCAGUCAGUAGCAGAGUGAACCUUGCCAACAAACUCUGUUGUGCUGAUGCUUAAUAUCAAAUCUGGAUUUUACUGAUCCCCUUGCUGGUGAUGUUUUAAGAGAUCUCCAACACUUUGAACAGGUAAUUCCCAUUUGACGCCUCUAUUCCUUGCUAUUCAUUGUACAAAUGUUUGUUUUCAGCUCCUUUGGUUACUGGGGUCAUUGGAGAGCUCUUAGGGUCUCAUUAUACAUUUGCAUACCUUUGUUUCUCAAUGUAGACCGGAUUUACACCUUCUACAGUCAUCUUUCAGAGAAUCUGUAUUAUCCAGUUCCCUGAUGUUAAUAAAUUCUUCUU